AUGAAUUCCAAAGUGCAUAUUGUCUCUGGAGCUCUGAAAUCUGCUACAAAUCAUGUGCAGCAGUUCAUUUCAAAAAUUUGCGAAGAUGGCGACUUAUACUAUAAGUUAAAGUACGAUCCUUAUUUACCAGAUAAGGUGACUAUAUCUGGCCUCGCAGUGGAAGAUUACCAAUCAUUAAAAGAGAUUGAAAUGCCAGAAUUCUUUUAUAAUCAUUUGAAGCCAAUUCCACAAGAACUAAGGGAUCAGCUUAAUAAUACGCAGAGCAUCUGUACAAUGGGUAUAUUACCUGAAAUUGGGCGUGCUUACAUGACAAUUGAUGCUGAUUUGUAUGUGUGGAAUUAUGAAGAUAGCUCAGAUCUGGCUUAUUUUGAUGGAAUUUGUAAUACAAUCACUAAAGUAGCAGUUGCAAAACCAAAAAAUGGAGUAUUUCAGAAGCAUAUUCACUGCUUACUUAUUGUAACAACAACAAAGGAUAUUUUAUUGUUAGCGGCAAGCUUCACGCAUAAUCAGACAGUUACUGAUAUGUCUCUACCACCUAUUGAUUGUCGACAGGCAGAUAUGUAUCUUCUUCCUGAUCCACUUUUUAAGAUUCCGAUGGAUGACACUAAUGUAUCAGAUAUAGUUGCUACUUCUAGUGGUCGUAUUUUCUUCACGGAGGCGGCAAAUUUGUAUGAGCUUGAUUAUCAGGAUAAAGGUUGGUUCGGUCGGCGUUGUCGCAAAGUAAACCAUUCUAAGAGCUUUAUUAGUUAUCUAUUACCUUCCGUGUCCCUAAUUACCGGAAAAGAAGAGCGUCUAGUGCGAUUGUGUUUGGACAAUACUCGAGAAAUUUUAUAUAGCUUGUCUGAAAAUGGUUCUAUACAAGUCUAUGAUCUGCAGAGUGAUAAGAAUUCCAUUGUUAAAGUUGCUUCUCUGAAUUAUGCGCAAAUUCAGGCGCUUGCAGCUGCAGAAUGUCGGUCUGUUGAUGUUUCUUUCUUUGCUGGUAUUGUAAAUAUUAAUUCAAUUCCUAGUACACAGUCUCGAUAUCUACACAUUGUUGCGACAACUCGAAAAGGUGUUCGUUUAUACUUCAGUUGUUUCCCACCAAUGCCGAAAGGUGCUUAUCAGAUGAUGCCUAAAUCAUCUAUCUUAAACUCCAUGGAAAACCAAAGACCUAGCUGCCUGCGUUUGAGACAUGUUCGUCUACCUCCUGGAUAUGGAGUUUCUCCGAUAUCUUUCCAACCACUUUCUAUUUACGAUGCUUUUUAUGCUCACGAAAUUGGUAUCAUGGCUGGGGAAGCAGGUAUUGAUACAUCGUCACUUUCUCUCUUCUCUUCAUCACAUUUCCCAAUAUCUGAUUGUCUUACUGAGACUGUGAUGCAAAUACGCAUGUGGAAUAUGGUAAUGAUGAUAACAAAAGCUGUAUCCACAUCAUCAUUUUUGGCGGCUGAAGCUGAUAUUCCUCAAGAUUAUCUACUUAGUCGAUAUUCGUUGGAAAAAUUCAUUAUAUUAACCGAAAAAGGGAUACAAAUAAUUGAACAUCGUACCCCAGUCGAAACAUUACGUGAAAUUCUUCUUCAAUUUGGACCUGAUUCUACGCAAAUUAAUCAUUUCAUACGACUGCAUGGAUUAGUUAAUGUUGGCGACAUGAUUUUGACAAUUUUGUGCACCGACUGCAGUGCAAAUAAUGCAAUAAAGGAUUCUGCACUUCGGUUAUUUUUCACCUUAAGUGUUGAAAAGUCAUGGAGCAAACGUAUAAUUUCACCUCAGCCUAUGAGUAGUUCAAAUCAAUGGUCACUGCUUGGCUGUGAUUCCAUUUCCGAUAUUUCUUUGAAAAUACGCUCCCCGUUACUGUCAUCCACUCCUCAGCAAAAUAAGCGCCUUACGUGUCAUGCUAGGGAUUCUUUUCAUGAAGAAAAUUCGGUAUCAAAUAUCGAAGAAAAUUCUUUUUCGAAAGAAAUUCAAACAUCUACACCAAUGAGUUGCCGACAUGAUGCGCUUUUCAUGCAUUUUUCAAGAAUUAUUGGAAAUAUGUGGAUGAAACCCUUAUGUCGUUUACUUUCUGACAACAAGAUAGCUAGUAUUUAUAAUGUAGACCAGCUGGAUUCGUUUUUGUACCAAUUGAAGCCAUUCAAAAAAGUAAUUGAGGAUAAUGGAUUGAUUGUAAAUGCUCAGGAUUUUAUUCAGUUGAUGAAUGGUGAUAGUAAUCCAAAGUCCUACAGUGAAAGUAGUGUGACUUUACAAUCGGAACGCCGUUCGUUACUGAGUUUGCGUGAGCUUCUAUCGCUCACUAUAGAAGUUUUGACGUUGUGGAGGAUAUUAUGCAAGCAUCAGUUCCAUGUUAUAGCCACGCUUCUUAACAUUCAAGUCCGAAAUCGCUUACUUACUACCAGUUUUUGCAAUAUAGUUCUGAGUAAUCAAGAGAUUUGUACCGAUUUAAUUGCAUCACUUGUUCGUCUUUAUUUGGGAGAUAAUGCAACAACAUCAAUGCUUUGCAACGAAUUGCGUACUUUUUGUCCAUCUCUCUUUUCUGUUGAUGAUGCCAACACCACAAAGGCAACAGAAAUGAUUGAAGAAGCACGUCGCUUAUCGCCAUGUCCGGUACAACUGGAGAUAUUGCAAGAAGCUGUAAAACUAUUAAAAACUGGAGUUCAAAAAAUUGAUUUACCGAUGAUUUGUCAACUUUUUUACGAAGUUGAUUAUAUGGAAGGGAUAGUAGAGUUAUCCCUAGAACGUGCAGAACGUGAUGACCCAAAAUCAUUGGCUUUGGUGGCAUUCAGGAAUUAUUGCGGGGAAAAUGGUACUGUGGCACAGGAAGCAUUAGUGAGGAGGAAAGAUGCUUAUAAAUGUAUAACUGAUACCCUUGAUCGUCUUACAGACGAUCAAAAAAAUUUGAGUUCUGAAGAUUUGCUCGACUCAUCAAGAAAUAUCAUUAUUGAGAAAGUUUUUAAAUCGAAAGAUGAAUUAGCUAAUGUCGCAAUUUUCAAUUGGCUUUUGGAUAACGACUUAAGCGAUAUUGUGCUUCAGAGCAAAUCUCCGUUCUUGGAAGCAUUCCUUCAUCGUCGUGUUGAAGAAGGCGGUUCUAAUCGUUACUUAGAUCUUUUAUGGCGAUUUCAUGAGCGUAAUGGGGAUCACAAAAAAGCAGCUGACUUAUUGUAUCAUCUUGCUCAGAAAAAAACGAAUGCGUAUGACAUUCAGCGUCGUGUCGAGUACUUAUCACAAGCUGUUAUGUGUAUUCAAUUGAUUGAUCCAAAAGGUUUUAAGAUGGAUGAAUUGCACGAUCUAACACUAGAGAUACGAGAUAAGCUUGAUGUUGCGCAAAUUCAACUUGCUACUAGGGAUUUGGUACAGACAAUGCCUAGAACUCGUGAAACGAUUGCAGCCAAGCAUGAUCUUGAGUCGCAACUAUACACAGUACAAGAACUUUUUGAACAGUUUGCUAUACCACUAGAUUUACCAGAAAUUAAACUUUCAUUGUGUUUUUGCUCAUCAGCUUAUGAUGAAAAUGCUAUUGAAAGUUUUUACGAGAGUAUAAUCGACGGAGAGUUAUGUUCCUCUAAUGAUCAAUCAGUUGAUGUUCGCAUUCAGCGUUUGGGUACAAAACUGGCUGCCUUAGCAAAAAAGUAUUCUUCAGUAUCGAAGUAUUAUCCCGUCGAAGCAAUAUUAUCAUUGUUACUGAAUAAAGGAUAUGCUGAAGGUUUUCCACCUUCCUUUUUGCACUUCAUUGAAUUGGCGGUUGAGAUACCAUUUAAUGCUUUAAUUGAUGCAUUGUCAAGUCAGUUCAGGAAAAGUCUUCUUUCUCACCAGACGCAUUUCAUAUCCCUUUACUUGAUGCAAUCAACAUUAUAUGUGGUAACAAAGUUUGUAGAAGAUCCGUCUGUCUAUAUUCAUCAACAAAGCAAGACAGCAGUAGCUAGUAAAUGUCUAGAUUUGAUAGCAGGAUUUUUAAUACAUCUCUCGCAACCACAGUCAUCUACUACGCUUGAUCAAAAAAUGCUCAUUGAGACGUUCAAAUCUUUACAAAUGAUGCUGGAAAAAAUCUAA